AUGUCUAACUACAGAUAUCCCAAUAAAUUAAGUCAAAAAUCAACUGAAAUUCGAUGGGUCGAUAAGGUCAUUUGUAAAAAUUAUCGAAUCCUCAAUCCCAUUAAUUCUGGAACCUUUGGUCAUCUUUACUUAGCUAUACAUUAGGUUAAAUUGGAAUAUUAUGCCGUUAAAAUAUUGUAAACAGGUAAAAGUCCUAUUCUUGCAUAAUCAGUAAGACAAGAAGCUGAAGUGCUCUAUAAAUUGAAUGGGAAUGUAGGAUUUCCUAGAUUAUAUUACUUUAUCUAAGAUGGCACUAAUAGUUUUAUAGUUCAAACAUUAUUGGCCUAAAAUUUAUACUAACUACUAAUGCAGACUCCAAACAAGAUAUUUUCGCUUAAGACUGUUUUGAUGUUUCUAGACUAAGCAAUAAAUCGUUUAGAGUUUUUGCAUAAGAAUGAUUAUAUCCAUAGAGAUAUUAAACCAGAAAACUUUAUGACUGGUUUAAAAGAGGAUGAAAUAUACUUAAUAGAUUUUGGAUUCACUUAACUAUACAAAGAUUAGGGAUAACAUAUAGAGAAACAGAAAAACGAAAAUAUGAUUGGAACCCCAAGAUUUUGCCCAAUUUGCACACAUUUAAAUCAAUCAUAAAACAGAGCCAGUGAUUUAGAGAGUUUGGGAUAUUUGGCAAUCUACUUUCUCAAAGGAUUGUUGCCUUGGAUGAACAUUUAAGCAGAGACCAAGGAAGAAAAAAUAAGACUAAUAGGAUAAAAGAAGAUGAGUACAUCAAUUGAGGAAUUAUGUUAUGGAUUACCAAAACAAUUUGAAGAGUAUUUUAAAUACAUUUAAAAUAUCCCUUUCAAUGGGGAUCCAAAUUAUGAUUAUAUUCAACAAUUAUUUAAGAAGUUAUAUCAAUAGAUGGGUUAUCCAUUUGAUUAGUAAUUCGAUUGGAGUUCGAAAUUGGAGGUGAGAAAUUCCGAUGACAAUUUUGAAACUUCAAAAUAAUAACUCUUUUUGGAAGUUGGUAGGAAAUCUUUUACUGCAGAUAUAAAUAUUGAAGAAUUACCAUCUUAAAUAUAAAAAAAAAAUAUAGAGAGAAUACAUGGAUUCAAAAUUUCAGAAGAUUUACUUCUUAUUACAGAUCUAUAAUAAGAAGAAAUUCAAGAGUUUGAACCAGGGUUAACAUUGUUUGAAAAAAUGCAAUAUAUAAAUCAACAGUAGUUUAAGAAACAAAAAAAUGAAUUAAAAUUUUAUUAAAUUCUAUGA